GGGCUUAUUUAAAAUGAAACUGAUUCUUAUUCUUGCUUGCCUGGCGCUUUACUUGGCCCACACUCAGGCCCAGGUGCGUUAUUGUCGUGGUGCUGCUGCAUUUGACUUUACACAAUGCUUUGGUUUUAGAGAUUCAGGAAUUACGUCUCCCGUCUGUCGAUCCAGGUCAAAUAACAACAUGUGGUGGUUUGACACCAGGGACAGGACCUGCAAGCAAUUUGCCUAUCUUGGAUGUCUUGGCAACUUCAAUCGCUUUUGCACUCGUGGCGAUUGCGAAAUAAGGUGCCGGCGUUAAUACUGAACGGAAGAACAGUCGAGUGACUUUGUAUAUGAUUCGAAAUAUAAAUAUGGCAUUUAA